GGGGAGGAGAUUCGCACUCGUCAGCAAACAGGCACUCAUGCUUUCUCCCCAAUUUCCUCUCUCUCUCUCUUUCCCCCUCCUUCUCUCCCCACACUCUGUUAGUGUCACUCUCUCACCUCUUUUCUCCCAUACAGAGAAGUCAGCCGGUGCAUCAGUCUCCAGUUCAUCCAGCGUUCGCUCCCCUUUCCUCCCCCGACUCAGCUGAUACUUCUCCUGCCUCCACCGCAUCUUUUCUCUCCUCCUUCUCCUCUUUUCCACUCUUCCUCCUCCUCCUCCUCCUCCUCCUCCUCCUCAUCCACCAUGGUGAACAGAUAACCAGUUGGCCGCUGCUUGUCAGACCAUGGGUGCCUGCCUCUGCAAAGGUCACAAAGAACUCCACCUACCAUCAUCAUCGCUGCACCAGACUGAGGAAGGUCAGUCGGCUCCCAUCAAGGAUGGUCAGAAUCCUUCCAACGGCACAGUGGCAGAUAAGUCCAGUCGCUAUGACAUUGCAGAGCUGGCUACAUCCUCUCUGAUAGGCCUGGUGGCCACGAUAAAGGAGCACAUCACCAAGCCCACAGCGAUGGCCCAAGGGCGAGUCGCUCACUUGAUCGAGUGGAAAGGUUGGGGUGGAUGCGGCGAGGGUGGAGGAAACAGGGCCGGGUGGAGCGGAGGCUGGAGCAAAGGAGGCGGCGGAUGGGGGGCCGCGGGGACGGAGCUGCAGGAGGAUGAGCAGUUUUAUUCCCAAAUGACAGAUGAAAUCAAGGAGGCCCGAUUCGCUGCAGGCGUGGCAGAACAGUUCGCCCUGGCCGAGGCGGCGAUGAGCAUGUGGUCCAUGAGCGACAACGUGGAGCAGCCGUCCACCAGCUCACAAGCCGCAGAGGGCCACUUCUUGUCCAAGUAUUUGCUCGACGGAGGGAGCGUCGGCGUGCCCCAGCACCUGUACAGCAUUCACACCCAGACUUACGGCGACAGCGACGCAGCCAGCCUGAUUCACCCGCCGCUGGCCAACUCGACGCUUCCCCCGGCACCCGGCGCUCAGCGGGACGCUGACCGUCCCUUUGAGGACCGGAGCGUGGCGACGGCGGAAGCCGCCGUCCGCCACGUCGACAGCAGCUCUCUGUCUGAAGACGACGUUUUUUACAACUAGGCUUGGGAACAAAAGACGCCGGUCACCGCAGUGGAAACGUCCAGGAGAUUCAGCGAGGUCCCGAGCCUCGUCCACCAGCAAUGAUUGUUCUGUAAGACAUUUCUAGAAGCGAAACUCUUCGAUAUGCUUCAAACGGAAGGAUUUUAAAGGCCUGACUAUAAAUACUAUUUUUUACAUAAGCGAGGGUAGGCCUACUCUUCGUGUGAAUGUACAGUUUAAAUGUGACAUUUUAGUUUUUUAUUCCAUGUAGGAAACAACUGGAGCUGAGCUGUAAAGAGUCGCUGUAAAUAUGUUGUUAUAAA